GUGUGUAUACAUAUAAUGUGUACACAGAGCUCAUUUUGACAGUUCGGAAAAAGAGAGACCAACAAAAAUAUUAUAUUUUUCUAGCCUUGCUGACGCGGACCAUUCUUAUUAUCUUUUCCAAACAUUCCAUGCAAUGAAUUAACCAACCAAUUAGUUAUGUUUAUCACAGUAGUAAAAUGGAUCAAUACUACAUACGAAAUGAACAUCUCGUGCUUCGUAACACAUAUGAUCUAUGCCGAUUUUGUCUGUGCGUUCGGUUGAAUAUGCGACGGGUACAACAUGCUGAUUUACAAAAAACCAAUAUUCCACAACUAUACGAAGACGCAACCACACAAAAGCUGGACAUCAGCGACGAAUAUCCGGAACUCAUUUGUCCGAAAUGUGAGAAAAACAUGCAACUGGCAGCAAAGAUACGGAAAGACUUUUUGAAAGUCGAUCAAUUUUGGCGCACAUUCCUUACCAACCAUAGCAAAUACAAUCCAAUACCAUUAGAUCAGCUGGCUCCAAUCGAAUCACCAGCGCCAGUUCGUGUCGUCGAUGAUAACAGCAGCUACCUCCAAACCAUCAAUCACAAUGUUCCAGUGAAUGCAAUCAAUCCAAAAAAUGAAGUCGGAGUACAGACACUAGACGUUAAAAAUGUCCACGAAAAAUUCCAUUCGAACGCGAAUAUCGUCCCGUACCGGGAAGCGAACGGUACGAUAACCGAUCUGUCUAUCGAAGAAGUUAAAAUCGAAUCGUACGUGGUGUACGAGAAUGUCAAAUGUGAAUUUGCCGAUGACAAAAGCCAAUUCGGUGACGGUAAUAAAUAUUCGAUGGAUUCGGAUGGACAGGCGAUCGAUGAAGAUUCCAAAGAUCCGACGAUACAAAGUGAUGAUAAAAAUGUGAAUGCCAAUGAUGCCUGGAUGAAACGACGAUCGGGUAGAAAGUAUCCGAAAAAUCGAAACAUCCACGGGACUAAUCCAAUCAAAGGAGAAAAAAUGCUGUUCAAAUGCCCGGAGAAUGAAUGUAAACAAGAAUGCGAUGAAUUGAGCGACUUACAUCAGCAUUCAUUGGACGCACAUGCAUUGAACCAAAUGUCCUGCGACUACUGCCUUAAAAUAUUUACGAAAAAAGGUGAUUUAAGACUGCACGUGAAAACCCACAUAGAAAAGUACUGUAGCUAUUGUAAAAGAAAUUUUUCCACAAUUUCCCGGUGGAAAACGCAUAUGAAGGAGAACCACGAUGGCGGCAAUAAAACGUUUAAAUGUGAGAUUUGCGAGAAAACGCUGAAAAACUCGGACUCGUACAAAAAGCAUAUGACGAUUACUCACUCAGGGAAUCAGAAUUUAGUGUGUCAUAUCUGUGGAAAGACCUGCAAAAACUCACAGUAUUUGCAUGUCCAUUUGCGCACCCACACGGAAAAGGAAAAGCUGUUCAAGUGUUCGUACUGUGACAAGAAAUUUAAGCUGAAAUACUCAAAGAAAUUGCACGAACGAGUUCACACUGGCGAGAGACCGUACAUGUGUGACACAUGUGGAUUUUCAUUUACCCAGCGUGGUCUGUUGAUCAGACACAAAGAGCUGCACAAUAAGCCAAAAAAGAAGAAACUUCCGCGAAUCAUAAACAAACAGCACGGCAAUGUCAAAUGCGAAUUGUGCGAUUCGGUUUUCUCGAACAUUGUCAACAUGAAGAGUCACUUGACCAAAAAGCAUAAGCACGUUGGAUCGACAAUAUGGGAAAUGAAGCUGAACACCACUUGCAUGAAGUGUCACAAAACCUUUACCGACGUGGAGGAGUUACAGGCGCAUAAGAAAACGCAUUUGGAAUUUGUGUGCAAUAUCUGCAAGUCUCGGUACAGCAAUGUCAGGUCACUGGAACAGCACAUAGCCAAACAUGCGGAUAAGGAUAGACCGUUCAAGUGUGAUGAAUGCGGUGCCGCUUACAUCCGAAAAUCUCAUCUACAGCAACACUACACCGGUAUGCAUACGAAAAUUCGGCCGCAUAUUUGUAUGUUCUGUAACAAGGCGUUUGCUCAAACAUUUCAACUGAAAACCCACAUAAAACUUGUCCAUCACAAGGAGAAGCCCUACCGUUGCAAGCACUGCGAGCGAGCGUUUUCCACUUCCGUUCAGCUCAAUCAACACAUGCAAUACCAUACCGGCAAUUUCCGAUAUCAGUGCAUCGUGUGCGAAAAGUGUUUCAUAACACACCAGGCACUCACCAAGCACAUGCGAAACAGUAAAUCGUGUCGCGGAAAAUUGGCCGAAAGUCAGGCCACAAAGAAGCCGAUACCGCCACCAGAAAUACCAUUAGCACCUCCCGAAAUUCAAGUGAAACCAAUUGUUGUGUCCGGUAUACCUGCGAUGCAACCGGUAACCGAUGCAUCGUCCAUUGACUCAAUGGACACAACAUCGAUAGUACAGACGAUAUCGGAUAGUAAUCACCACACCGUGAUGUCAUUGGAUCAGAUACGGAGUUUGGAAACGUUACAAACGCUGCCGGUUAUGAAUCCGAUCAUAACCAUAACUUCGAUGUCUGGCAUGACGACGAUGUCAGCUGAUUCGACAAUUCAAGCAAUAAUGCCAUUAAUUGGUGAGCCAAAGGAUGUGGAUCGAUUUUACUGAUUCGUCUUUUGAUGUUCGCAUUGCAUUUAGUUGUUACAAUUAAAGUGAUUCUGUUACAAAA